GAGACGGCGGGAGGGGUGGGGCGGCGGAGGGUCUGGGGGGCGCGGGCGCGGAGAUGUCGGCGAGUCCCUCUGCGUACCCGAUGCCGGAGUUCCGGGACGUGGACCACUAUCGGAACCCCCUGUGCAUCGUCGACGGCGGCCACGAGAUCGUCCGACCCAAACCCAGAAGGCCCGGCGGGACGAACAGCGGGAGCCGGGAAUCGGUGCCGUACGUGAGCUCCAAGACGUCCUCGGAACCACUGCUCCCGAAACCGGCCACACCGAACAAGUUGAAUGGGAGCUCACAAGCACUAUCCUCUCUCGCUGGAUCGAAAGAAACUACAAGCCUCUCCUCCUCCUCCCUGAGCACAUCUCAUCUGUCGCCGGCGAAACCUUUUGCCGUCACACCUGUGGAAAUAGUCAGCCCAUUGGUCCCAGAGAAAGAUGCGCCAGAGGUAACAUCACCCGGUCCUCGAGACUUGACAUCACCCAACCGUCGAGACUUAACAUCGCCCGGUCGCCGCGACCCAACCUCACCCGGUCGACGCGACCUGCCGUCGCCCAAAAGCAAGCUGUACCAGUUGAACACGGGCCGAAGCAACAGUACCACCAACAUCUACAACAACAGCCCCAGUAAUCUGGUCAGCAAUGGGAACCCAAGUCCGCAGCGGAAGGCGUCGACACCUGUCUCGAUCAAGCAGAUGACCUCAACGACCAAUUCGCUGAGUGGUGGUCGGAAAAAUGCCCUCGGGUCACUCCUACAUCAUCAUCCCAGUGUUGAUGAACUUAGGUUGUUGCAGAGGCGAGAUUACAAUGGCAGUUCAUCGGACGACAACAGGUCAUCCGGUCAUGCUAGUAUGUCAGACGGGCAUACCAGUUCCUCUCCACCUGUUGAUAAGUAUCAGCACUACUGUUGUCCUCUUAAUUCAGUGCCAGAAGAUGAGAGGCUCUCAGCAUCUGUCAUGCCAAAUCAAAACCGCUCCAGCAGGAAGCCAGUUCAAUCAAGAGUACGACAUAGAGCAACACCCGCUAAGUUAGUGCCAUGUGGAUCUGGUUUAGAGGAUAUCAAACUGGCCAUUCAGCAACUAACAAUGCGGUCACACACGUCCAAUGCGGGUUACUCCACAUCCACAUACUCAAGUCUUAGCGGUAGUGAAAGUAGCGAGCCAGCAGUGAGGAGGCUCAUGAGGCACUCGUCCCUUGAGACGAUCAAUACUAAUGUCACCAGUGCAGAUGAGUUUGUCUGGGUUGAGUCGCACAAUAGGCUUGUGGAACUACAGAAUUUGCCGUGGACGAACCAUGAUGUGUUGAAGGUAAUUCAAAAUGGCAGAGUCAAAGAAAGCAUGGAUCGAGUCGCAAUGGAGACAAUACCACGACUAUCCUAUCUCCUCCAAAGAGCAUUAGUGCGAAUAGCCAGAGAAACGCAAAGAUUAGCCAAACCUAUUGGAAUGUGCGGCAAGCAUGAAGUAUCUAGUGCUUUAAGGAUAAUAUUGUGCCCUAUCUUGUCUGACUCCUGCAUCAAAGCCUGUUUACGGUCGGCAGCUAUGUUUGCUGUCUCUGGUGACCAGUUAAAACAAAGUAAAUCAAGCCGCGCUGGGCUUCAUCUUUCUGUAGGAAAAUUUCACCGAUGGAUGGUGGAUGUAAGACUGGGGAAAUUGGUGCACGAAUAUGCGGCCGUAUACAUGACAGCUGCUCUAGAAAAUUUACUUGAAGAAAUUAUUCUACAAUGUUUGCCCAACAAGACAGAUGUUGUUCUAACAGCUUCCAUGUUUGAGCAUUCCAUAGCUAAUAAUGGUGACUUAUGGGGGUUGCUUCAACCUAAUGCUCACCUAAAUACAGGACGAACAGCAUCAGGCACCUUAACUUUGCCUCGCUGGGCAAGCGUCUGUAGCAUGAACGGUGAGACACCACCACCCACAAACUUCUCAAAAUGCUCAGAGCAGACGCUCCUCACAACCUGCGUCGGGUCCAUUCAAGAGCUAGCCGACCUCAUCAACCGUGUGAGCUCCUUCCAGCUUUGCAGUCGCACAAUGACGUGGUCGCAGCAGGCCAUCCAAGCUCUCUUCUAUUUUAUGCGAUGUUCGCAGCUGGAGCACCCGGGCCCGGUCCAGGAGUUGGUCUAUGAAAGAGCUUAUGUUGUUUUGCCUCCCCUCAUUGAAUGGGUACGCACGACCACUGCGCAUGCUGAAUACCGCAGGUCGUCAGUCAUUGAUCAGGACGAUGUGCUACAGGCAGCACGCUUGCUCUUGCCGGGUGUUGAUUGUCCAAUCAGGCCUCCAGGGUUUGAUGAUGGGACAAACAUUCGCCGACCAACAAAGGAUCCUGAAAGUAUACGACGUUUGAAAACUUCUGUUGCGUUUAAGUUACUGACGACUGGUUUUGCUCGUGACAUGAUAACGCAUGCAAUCCAGCUUCUACCUGCCACAAAGCUAAAUACUCUGAAUGAAAGUGGAUUAAGCCCCCUCAUGCUUGCUUGUAUCAACAAUGACGAACAGACUGUUAGGUAUUUACUCGAGUUUGGUUGUGAUAUUGACUUGGAAACUCCACCUCCGGGCAGCCAGGGAUCCUCGGCAGUCCAUCCAGAACACCAGCAUUGGACCGCUCUCACUUAUGCUGCACUUCAAGGCAACGUUGUGAUAGUCAAAUUAUUACUCGAACGUGGUGCAAAUGUUGAAGGUGGCGCAAAGCUUAGCGAAGAAAAGUGCACCAUCACCCCUCUCCAGGUAGCAGCUGCCUCCGGGAAUCUAGAAAUAAUUUCGCUGCUCCUGUCUCAUGGUGCCCAUCCAUUUUUCUCAACGUUGCUUAAAGAUCCACUAUGUUACUCAGGUGCUGCUCAACGAGGCUGUUUCAGUGCUGUGUCGGUGUCUGCAUCUCAUGGCCUCAGAUCUGUACUUCAUAAACUGUUGUCCCAUCCUCUGAAUUCCAAUAUCAAAGAAGUUCUGUCGUUAGAGGAAAUCCUAGCUGAAGGACUCAAUCAGUUAACGAACGAUCGAAGGGCAGGAAUUCGUUUACAGGGUGCUGGGGAAGGGAACUGUGCUCAAAUAUUAAAAUUAAGUAAAGCUCAAAUCAAAUCGCUCCAAGAAUCCAUGUAUCAUAGUGCAGAAAAUAAUUAUUUAGAAAUAACGUUGGAUAUUAGGAACUUAGGAAUACCAUGGACGUUACAUUGUUGGAUGUACACGUUGGCAACGGCCCAUGAUCAUCACCUAGAGACGAUGAUCGACCAACUCCUCCAGGAUUUCCUUCAGGUCUGGCCAGACGACUGGUCAUCGCAGUUUGUGGAUGAAUGCCUCCCACUUCUGUUCAGUAUAUUCAGGCAUAGCAAGAACGAAGGCACGACUUUGCUACUAGCAGAUAUAUUUCAGACUUGUUUUGGGUGGGAGCCAAUUCGACGGAUCAGCGACUCAAUUCUGAAUGGGAGCGCUCGAAUCGAUCCCAAAUUUGUCAACAAUCCUGAGCUAAGCGACGUUCAGUUUCGAGUCGAAGGCCGCGUCUUCUACGCUCACAAGAUCGUCCUCGUCACAGCUUCAUCACGAUUCCGCAACAUGCUCAGUUCUAAGCUUUGCGAAGGAAACCCUCCAAUUGUACAAAUCAACGACAUCAGAUAUCAUAUAUUCCAGCUGGUAAUGCAGUUUCUAUACAAUGGUGGCUGUGAAAAUCUCGAGGUAGACAACAAUGAUGUACUCGAGUUGAUGGCGGUAGCCAAUUUCUUCCAAUUGGAUGGCUUACUGCGGUUUUGUGAAGCUAAAUGUUGUGACAUGGUCGACCUUGAUAAUACUGUCUCCAUGUAUAUCCAUGCUAAAGUUUACCAUGCUUUCCAGCUGAUGGAAUACUGUCAAGGAUUCCUCCUUCAAAACAUGGUGGCUCUACUCACAUACGAUGACUCUGUCAAGCGGCUGCUUUUCGGGAAAAAGUUACACAAUCACGAUGUUUUGACAGGGCUCCUCAUAACACUUCAGGCUCGAAUCAAAGCAAGAAAUGCAGUUCGACCUGGUCCAAAACCAAAGUAGCCUAUUUAUCUUCAAGGAGAACAUUGUUACAAGCUUAGUCAACGAAUUUUGGGAAUUUAAAAAAUUCAACCCUGCCUCUUUUCUCCUCUUUGAAUAUUCUAAUUUUUAAAUAGGUGCCAGAAGAAAAAAAAGGUUCAAUGGGUCUGUAGCACGCAAAAGAUACAACAAAGGGUACAAACCUUCUACAGGUGAAAUUGCACAAGAAUCAGGAUGGGCACGUCUGAAGAGUCUUAAGUCCACUCCCGUACACGCAAUAUGUGUAGUUUGUACCACGCUCUUUCAAAUUUAUCAUGCCAGGUCGCCACUCAGUGGCCAUCAGUGAUGUUUGCCGAGAGAGUCUCAAGAAAAUCUAACCUAAAUGAACAAACACUCUUGCAACUGCUGAAAUAUUUCCUCACAUAAGAUUUCCAUUGAUCCAAAAAAAGUUUUCAAAACUGUAUGUUUAUUCUAACUCCUCUUUUUGGGCAAACCUGGUCACUGGGGACUGAGAGAAACUGCGCGAUUACUUGACAAAUUUGAAAAAACAUGUUGAAAACUCCACAGAUUGUGCGCUAGGGAGUGGAUUUCAGACUUUUCCCAUGUGCCCAUGGUAUUUUUCAGCCUAUUGUAUCCUCAAGGAAUCCAUUCACUUGCCUAUAUCUUUUGCGUGCAACAGACUUAUUCAAUAUUCCCACUAUAGAAAUUCUCUCGCGUUAGAACAAUUUUUUAACCUUAAAUGACAGCUUUCACUUAAGGAGAAAGACCAUGGUUAGUCUGAACCUAUGGAACUGUAGCUCUGCAAUCUUUGCAAUAAUUUUAUAAGCAGCUGUUAGGAAAUUAUAUUUCUAGAACAGUUGCAACAAGGAAUUUAAGUUGCCUUGAAAAGUUUAGUGCUGUGGACAGGAAUGGGCCUGUUGCAAACGUUUGCUGGAUGAAAAUGUCUCAAAAAUCACGAUGAGCACAUCGGCAAAGUCUGAAAUGCACUCAUUCCUUCACAAUUUACGUACAAAAUUUGCGUAAUUUCAAGCUGCCUGCCUCAUAAACGAUACCACGGCACAGGUGAACAAUUCAUUAGAGGAGUCAUUCCAUCCAACCCCUGCUCAAAAGGAUACUAGGCAAUAUUCGACAUAGCCGACGCCAAUCCGCCAAAACAAAUGUGAUGGGACUCUGAUUCUAACCACCUGUUAAUAAUCGGCGUGUUUACAUUCACAUUUUUCUCGCAUUGAUAGAUGUCUGCUUUGAUUGACCUUGUGCUCUCCAGCAACAGGGAUUGAAUGGAACAACUCUUCCAACGAAAUGUUCACCUGUACCGCAGUAACCUUUUUGAAGUGGGAUGCUUAAAAAAACGCAAAUUUCGUACGCAGAUCGUGAAGUUAGGAGUGCAUUUUAGAGUUUUCCGAUGCGCUCAUCGUUAUUUUUGAGACAUUAUCUAUAAAGAACAACUCUAAUUUUUGCUCUAGCAAAAGUUUGCAACAAGCCCAUUCCCAGAAGUGUUUCUGAGCAUUCCUUAACCAAGACCAAUCCACACAGGUCAGUCAUUCCCGUGGACGAGUUUUGGUACUCUACUGCGCAGUGACGUAGUAUUUGAGUGCUUGCAAUGUAUUUCUUAUGGGAGCACCCAUUGUGACGUAGUAUUGAGUGCAGCCGAGUUUGGGCCGGGCGGGGAAGUGGCUCUCAAAAAGAUGCGCAAUGACUGACCUGUGUGGAUUGGUCUUGUUCCUUAACACCCAAAUGUUUUUUGGGAGAGGAAAUCUGUACCAGAAAUGUACUGAAACGAUUCCUUUCCUAAGAAAGAUCCUGUUCCGAUCCCUUUCCUAGGAAAGAUUCUGUGCUGAUCCCUUUCCUCGGAAGGAUUCUGUUCAGAUAGAUUACAGAAGCCCUUACUAACUUGUGAUUUAAACUUUUUAGAACUUAACAUUUUGUAUCAAAAAUUUUAUUAUUCCAGCAAGUGUCUCAAUCCACAUGCUCUCUAGUACUGAUAUUUAAGCGUCCAUGUACUAAUAUUUACAGUCCAAAAUAAGGAGGUACAAGAACUGUGCUUUGCCUCUAAGCUGUUUGUAUGAUAAUGUAAUCAUCCCAAACUUGGUAUUGCAUAAGACUGCCUUUACAGUGUCCGAGAUCUUACAGAGUAUCUUACACUGUAUUUUGAACUUUGUGCCAAAGUUUGCCGAAUUUCUCGCUUUUAGUGUCUGUUUUUUGUUGAUAUGUAAUUUUUUUGAAUUUGCAUUUUUGCUAGACUUUUAAGUCGCCAUACGCUUUUAAUUUCGAAGUAAGUUUGUAGUCUUUUUCUUAUUUUGUCACAAAUAUUUGCUCAAGAGAAUUAAGUGUAAUCUAAUUUAUACGAACAUGGAUGGUUAGAUGUUGAUUCCUAUGUUCAUAUUCACCCCUAUAUUUAGCUAUUUACUUGGUCUGAUCAAAUCUAAAAAAACGAAAAGUAGACGCAAAAUGAGCGAAUCACCGAGUGAAAUUGAAAAUCAAAAUUAUAAAUUAUCAUUAACUCGAAUUUUGAUCAAGAUUAAUCCAGCCAUUCCGGAAGGAAGUAUAUCAUCACAUUAUUUUUCACCUUUCUAUUUUUGUAUUCACUUUUUAUUUUUUUUAAAUUUAGAUAUAUAUUUUUGUUCCAAAUCGUGUACAUACAUUAGCCAUGGAAGUAAAACAUAUCAAAAUGAGAUUUAACGUUUUUAUAAUAUUUUUAUUAUUAUCUCUUGUACAUUUGUGUUGAGAUGUAUGUCUGUAAAGAUGUUUGUAAUAUACAAUCAUUACUUGUUUAA